AUGCAGUCUCCCGUCCAACCCGUGUCACAACGACGACGCGCCCGCAUUCCUCUAUCGUGUGACCCCUGCCGCACGCGAAAAAUCAAAUGCAACCGGGAAUACCCUUGCCAGAACUGUAUCACUCGUGACGAGCAGUCAUCAUGUCACUUCAAAGGGGCCAAGAUUGACUCCCUUUCGAAUGCUCGGCGUGAGAGUCAGCUCGAUCCCAUGCGCCAGCGGAUCGACCAGUUGGAAAAUAUGGUGAAGAGACUCAUUGCCCACCAGACACCCGAGAGCCCUAAGCCUGGCGACCUGGUCGCGUCCGCUACCAAAGAUGUAGCCUCUGCGGGAAAGGUAGUGCUCGAUGGCGCCCAUUCAGUCUACCAGGGUGGCGAUGAUUGGUAUGAUGUGUUAGAGGAGAUCAACCAACUCAAAAACACCUGGGCCCAGGCCCAAGACGACCGAGUGGGCCAUCAGACUCCACCCACGCAGUCGCAAUUAGCCGAUGGAUCGAGCCUUCUGUUCGGUCAAGUGAAGCCCAUAGAUCGAAUCGAGAUCCUGGCCACUCUCCCACCCAAGCGCGAAUUGGACAAUCUGGUGGCUGUUUUCUUCGAUCGCCCAACCUUCCCAAUUGCCGUUCCUCCCAUCAUCCACGAGUCGACCUUCAUGCGGGAGUAUCACGAGCAUUGCAAGAACCCAUCCCACGCGAACUUCAUCUGGCUGGGACUCUUAUUCUCCAUUCUUGGUAUCGUCAUGCUAGCCUAUCACCAACACGGCGAGCCACCAGAGUACGAAGGCCGCUCGGAGUCUCUCUUCCAAUUGUACCGCAUCCGCACGGCGCAGUGUCUCCUGAGCGGCGACAUCGCCAAAUGCCUCCCCUACACCGUGGAGACCCUGCGCUUCAACGCCACCGCCGAGCUCAACCGCAAGGACGACAACCGUCGCGGCCUCUGGAUCAUGACCGGCGUGCUAGUCCGCACGGCCAUCAACAUGGGCUAUCACCGCGACCCCGCGCACUCGUCACCCCCGAUCCCCCCCUUGCAAGCAGAGUAUCGUCGCCGCAUCUGGCUCGCCGUGAUUAGCAUGGACAACAUGACCUCGUUCGGCGCGGGCCUCCCUCGCAUGCUGUCCGCCAUAUACUCCGACACGAGGGAGCCUCGCAACCUGCACGACUGGGAGCUGCCCGCGGAUGAUGCCACCGCUGCCAGCCUCCCACCUUCUCGACCCUUGACCGAAUCCACCGCGGUGACCUACCUAAUCGUCAAGGGCCGCCUGUGCCACGCCCUCGGCCGCGUCGUAGACCUCACGUGCAGCCCUACCUCCAGCACCUACGCGGAUGUCCUCGCCGCCGACCGCAUGCUGUCCGCGGCCUACGACAGCUUCCCUUCACACAUGCAGCCACCGGCCCCGCCGCAGCCCCUGGAGCAGCUCCGCCUUUUCCACGCACAGAUCGGACUCCGGUCCAUCUACCACCGGGCGAUGUGCACCCUGCACCGCCGGUUCCUGACCCAGGCCAAGACGAACCCGCAGUACCGAUUCUCGCGGGAUCGGUGCCUCGCCUCCGCCCGCGCGCUGCUGGCCACCCAGCGCGAUCUGUCCGAGCAGUGGUACCGGUUCGCGCACACGCGCCAGAUCCUCAGCUUUGCGGCGAUGGUGGUCUUCCUCGAGCUGGAGCUGAUGCGCCAAUUCCCCGGUGCGGAGGACGCGGUGGAGCAGGCGGAUCUACGGCGGGAUCUGGAGACGUCGGUGGCGCUGUGGGGGGUGAAUCGGGGGACCUGCGACGAGGCUGGGAGGCAGUGGCAGGUCCUCGCUGGGAUGCUGGAGGGUGUUCGUAGUCGCUCUGAUGCGAAAGAUGGUGAUGGCGGUGGUGGUGUUGAGGCGGCGUCGGCCGAUCAUGCAUCUGGCCUGGGGCUGUGGGGCCCUCCGUCCCAGAUGCCGGGCGUCGAUGGUUUCACUUUCGAGAAGGAAUUGGCCUCCGUCGAAAUUGAUUGGGCUGCAUGGGAUUCUUACAUUGAAGAUGCUGGUUUUGGAUCGGGACCAAUCUACUAA